AUGAACAAGGGAGGCGCGCCGAACCCGGCAGGGUACCCGGGGCUCGACUUCUACUUUCCUAAGACGACCUCGCCCCAGCCCUUAAACAUUCGACUUGAUAAGGAUUUUGUCAAGCUGGUCGAACGCAAGGUCCGUGAUUAUCGUCCUUCCAUCUCGGUAGAUGACGAUUGGACUGUUAGAGGACCCCCUGGGCAGGCCGUUGUAGACCUCGCUCGUUAUUGGGAUAAGAAAUAUGACUGGAACACGGUCGAAAAGCGCCUGAAUAAGGAGCUUAAACACUUCGCCAUUACGCUCCCAGGCAACGGGAACUAUACCGCGUCAAUCCCCCUUCAUUUCGUUCACGAGAAGUCGCCUGAUAAGAAUGCCAUCCCGCUUCUCCUCCUCCACGGGUGGUCCUCGACCCACUACGAGUGGGUUCAAACUGUCCAGCCUUUGACCCGAGGCAAAGGCAAACAGAAUUUUCACAUUGUAGCCCCCGACCUGCCUGGAUUCGGGUUUAGCCCCGCCGCCUCCCAGCCGGGCAUGGGACCUAAGGAGAUGGGUCGCGCUUUCGAUGCCUUGAUGAAACAGUUGGGGUAUACUACAUACGGCCUUGUUUCUACUGACAUUGGUUGGACCAUCGGCAUGUGGAUGACUGAGGUUGCCAAAGACAGCAUCAGCGCCCAUUUUACCGACUUCUUUCUUGUGAGCCCGACAGCUGAGGAUCUUGCCCGCCAGGAGAGGGGCGAGACAACCGAGGAGGAGAACGCCUUUAUCGCGGGGUCUGCCGCGUUUGGCUCGAGGCACUACGGCUAUGGCAUCAUCCAGACCCAGAAGCCCCAGCAAAUCUCGCUGCCAUUAGUCGACAGCCCAGUCGGACUGGCUAGCUGGCUCUGGGAUCUCAAGGAGGGCUCCAGCGCCGGAUACCAGUACACCUACGAGGAGCUCAUUACGGACACAAUGCUGAACUACGCGCAGCCCAUCACUGGCGCAAUCCGGGCGUACAGUGAUCUUCUCCAGCCCGAGUUCACGCAAUAUCCCAACACCGGCGUUCAAACCGGUGUCACCCAAUGGGGCAACCUGGGCGGACCGUGGCCCGAGCUGGACAAGCAGACCCUGGCGCCCCGUGAAUGGGUCGAGCGCGGAGCCAACGUCGUCUACUUCAACCGCCACGCGUCCGGAGGCCACUACCCUGCCAUCUCCGAGACGGAACUGUGGGUGGACCAUGUCCGAGCCUUCUUUUCUGGUUUGUAAAUUGUGUUGGAAGCGGAAACGCUCAAAUGAGACGCCAUCGGCGAUUCUGGACUUGUUGGUUGAAACUUGUUUCAUUUCCUGUAUUUUUGGGGAGCCUCACUUCAAUUCCGUCUCAAAUGCUUGAUGCCGGGCCCAAGUACAGCAUCACGGGUCACUCCAUUCCUUUGAGAGAUCUUCACUUCUUU